AUGGAAGAGCCAGCACCCAUAGAAAGCGAGAGCCAGCUCCCAAGCCCUCAGCAAGGCUCUUUGAAGAAAACCGUGGCUGCCCUGACCCUGGAUGGGGAAUCCACUGUGAGUCGCAGGAAGAAGAAGAGAAAAGAAUCCCGCCCAGAAUCUAUCAUCAUCUACCGGUCAGACAAUGAGCUGGAUGAGGAGCCAGAAGAAUCAGAAGGUGGAGACCAACCUAAAGGGGAGGAAGGUGAUGAUUUCCUAGAUUACCCUGUUGAUGAUGACAUGUGGAACAUCCCCUUGGACAGCCGCUACGUGACCUUAACGGGGACCAUCACACGAGGAAAGAAGAAAGGUCAGAUGGUGGACAUCCACGUCACAUUGACGGAGAAAGAGCUGCAGGAAUUGACGAAGCCCAAAGAGUGUUCACGGGAGACUGCCCCCGAAGGCCUAACGGCCUGCCAGAUGGCGGCAGACCGCGGGCCCCAUGUGGUCCUGUGGACGCUAGUCUGCCUGCCUGUGGUUUUCAUCCUGUCUUUUGUCGUCUCUUUCUACUAUGGCACCAUCACCUGGUACAAUAUCUUCCUUGUGUACAACGAGGAGAGGACCUUUUGGCACAAGAUCUCCUGCUGUCCCUGCCUCAUUCUCUUCUAUCCAGUGCUCAUCAUGGCAAUGGCCUCCUCUCUGGGCCUCUACGCUGCGGUGGUCCAGCUCUCAUGGUCCUGGGGAGCCUGGUGGCAAGCGGCCCGGGACAUGGAAAAAGGCUUCUGCGGCUGGCUUUGUAGCAAGCUGGGGCUGGAGGACUGUUCUCCUUAUAGCAUUGUCGAGCUCCUUGAGUCUGAUACUAUUUCAGGCAAUCUCUCCAACAAAGACCCCAACCAGGAUGUCGAAACUUCCACCGUCUGAGCUCUUUGCAACCUAUUAACUUCCUUCUCUUGUUCUAGUAGCUUAAAUGUACUCUUUGAAUUCCAGG